AUGCUGAAAAACCCAAAAGUUAAAGAAUCACUGACUUCUCGAUUAUAACAAUAGGAAUGUUGCAAAUUAUAAGGACAUGAGAAUAAUUUGAUCCAAUUUGUUUGUGCUUGCCAUGAAUGUCCUUAUCGGUAUCAGAAGGCAUGUGCUCAUUGUGUGAUUAAGUUGCAUGGGAAACACGUUGAGGACAUGAAAGAGAUUGAAGAAUUUGAUAUCAUCAUGAAUGAAAACAGCAAGAAAGCCAAGAGUUUGAUGAAGGAGAGCGAGGAACUCUUUUUGCAAUUGAAAAAUCCAUUUGGGAAUUUCUUUGAAUAAUUGAAGCAGCAAUUGAUCGAGAUGAUCGACAGUGUUCAGAAACGAUAUUUGGUAUAAAAUCAAGAGAGAGCAUAAUAACUAAUACGGAAUGAAUUGGAUUUCAUCAAUUAAUUCAAUUAGAAUGUGAAUUCUAAACAGAACCGCUAUUUGAAUGAUCAUUCUCUAAAAUAGUACAGCAAUUCGUUAAGAACAGCUUAAGAGAAAUUGAGUAAUGCACUUUCUCUAUUUGAAUUGAAAUAGUUAUUGGAAUCUAAUUUGAUAUUGUUGCUAGAGGAUUUUGGCAAGAAUACAGGAGUCAGUUAUAUAAGCAACACUAGUCGAAAUACGAGUUAGAGACAUAGUAGUUGCCACAAUAUAAUGACUCCCAGAUCUGCCUUGAAUGUGUUUAAUCACAAUAUUAGUGCAGUCAGAUCUAAAAAAAUUAGAAAUUGA